AUGCAAUACGUGGAUCCGCCUGCGCAACAGAUGAUGAAUAUGAUGGGUGGAUACGGAUGCGGCUAUGGUCGGGGUGAUGCACUGUCCCCGGCAUCGGAUCUGUCCUCUUGCAGCAGCGCGUCUUCUGGAGCGUGGUGUGGUGCUGCGGCGGCUGCGUGGCGUGACUUGCAGCCCUAUCCAGCGCAGUAUCCAGCCUACUGGCCAGCUACCACCGCCACAGUGACAGAAGACGCACGGGAACUACAGCGACGCUGUGCAAAGUGCCGAUGCCCCAACUGUCUCACAGAAGCAGCUGGAUUUGGUCCCAACUACGGAAAGGAUGGCGCCAAGCGUGAACACGUCUGUCACGUUCCCGGUUGCGGCAAGGUGUACGGGAAAACGUCGCACUUAAAAGCUCAUCUACGCUGGCACACUGGCGAGCGCCCUUUUGUUUGCAAUUGGCUUUUUUGCGGCAAGCGAUUCACCCGCUCCGAUGAGUUACAAAGGCAUCUCCGCACCCAUACUGGCGAAAAGAGGUUCGUGUGUCAGUUAUGUUCGAAGCGUUUUAUGCGAUCGGAUCAUCUAGCGAAACAUGUGAAGACCCACGCGAAUGCGUCAAGAAAGAGUAAGAAAGUAAAGGAAGACGAUAAGGAUGAAACAGCGAAAUCGGAUAAAAGUGAAGAAAUAACGGUUACGUCUAGCGACAUUGCACCUCCCGUUUCAGUUGGUAGCACAAGUUAUGGAACUGUGUCCAGUCCUUCCAUUGAACAGAAACAGCAGACAUCUGUGAAUUACGGCGCAGUCGCUCCCCCUGCUAAUGCUGGUAAUGUGUAUAAUGCUAGUUCGGUAUUCGGCAGUGGUGGUGUUCCUACCAACGGCUGGUAUCCAGAAGUUCAUCAAGACGCUCUGUACGCGCGCACUCCAAUGAGAGACCAUCGCUUUUACCAACAAUACUCUGCCCCGUUAGGCUCUUAUCAGUGCGCUACGAGGAACAACUACGCAAUGUUUCAUGGACAUUAUAAUUUGCAGCCCCCCGUUGCUAUUGGACAAUAA